UCCAAAGUCGGUCGUGUGCAAGGUAACGGAAAGGGGGCAUUAUCAAAAACAGAAGAAAAAACAGGAAAGGGCCAUCUAAAAAACAUUUAAAAGUGCGUAUGACUGAAGGCACACAAUAUUGGAGCGACAAUAAUUAAGCACGAUGGAAAAACUCACGUUGCUUUUCGCCUGCACGCUGCUAGCUGUUUCCUGGGCCCAAAUCAUUGAGAUUAUUCCGCUGCCCUGCAACGACAAAACCACGGAGAAGAUCGGUCGUUUGGCACUCACCUACAUAAACGAGGACAGAACCGCUGGAUACAAAUUCAGCCUCAACAGAAUUACGAAUGUUCAUCUCCAUGUACAGGGUCCUGCUGGUAAGGUCUACUACCUGGAUCUGGAAGUUCUGGAAACAAAAUGUCACGUCCGGAGCCCUAAGCCCUGGAAGCAAUGUGACAUCAGGCCUGUCAUGGAAACGCAAAUCUCUGGAAGUUGCAAUGUCACCAUCCUCCAGACACCCCAUGGGCUUUCAUACCUGUACAGCUAUGAGUGCACACUGGUUCCAGACGAGCCGGAGAAACUGCUGAGGACCUGCCCACACUGCCCUCUGCUGGUGGCUGUGGAUAGUGCAGAGGCCCUGCAGGCUGCCCGGCUGUCCCUCAGCAAGUACAAUGCUCAGAGCACCAUGCCUGGCAGCUUCUCUCUGCAGAGCAUCAUGCGAGCAUCCACUAAGAAUAUAGCAGGGCAGAGCUGGUUUGUGGAAUAUACCAUUCAGGAGACGGACUGCCAAGAGAAGCACUUAGACGCAGGGCUCUGCAAGUCAGCGGAUCCUGCUGGGAUAUGCGUGGGGGCCAUUCAUGGCAAGGCUGAGCCUGUGGUGGAGGUGUCCUGUGAGAUAUUCCUCCCACAGGAUCUUGGGGUUGCCGUAGACAACUCCGGACCAAAGAAGGUUCCGGAAGUCCUACCGGCUCAGCAUGAAAAGAACCCAGACACCCCUCCUGACCCCUCAGUUCCCCAAUCGGACCUUGACCCCAAAUACUCAGGCCCCGUGCAACAGCCUACAGUUCCUAAAAUUCCUGUGCCAAAGCCCUUUGUCCCGUCUAAUCGACCGACAGUUCCCCGAGUGACCUCCCCCGGCCUGGCUGUCCGCACAGAAAAUGCGUCAUCCAGCGAGUCUUCGGAGUCAAUGUCCAAGUCCUCCGAGGAGCUAGGGGGCAGCAUAUUCAGGCCUCCGCAAAAUUUCUGGUACAAGAACCAGCGCAUAAAGAGGCAGGCACCCCUGGGCGUCAACCCCAAUCACGUCCCAGUGUUCCUGUCAGUAUUCCCGGCCUCUCCGUCCCCUUUCCGCUCCUGUCCCGGCGCUCCGCGAUUUUCCACCGUGUAGCUUGUAAGCUUCCAUGGCCUGGAGUUGCAGCCUAUCCCACAUCAGCCCUGAAUGAAAUAACAAGAUUAUAACAUUGAACAUUGAACAUCGAACAUUCAUCAUCCACAUUAACAUUGAACAUUUACGUUAUCAUUACACAUUUAUUUUAUCACUUAAGAUUUACAUUACCAUUUAACAUUAUAAUUUAACCUGUACAUCAACAUAAUUAUUGAACAAUAUUGUGUAAAGCUAGCACGUAUUGUAAUUUACAUUUUUCCAGAAAAUAUUUUGGAUUGAAGUCAAAUUAAAGCACCAAAAAUAAAA